AUGGCAAGGCAAGGUGCAGCUUCAAGCAUGUUUGCCAUGGCAUUACUCCUCGGAAUCAUUGCUUCCAUCCCCCAAAGCGUGGAUUCCAUCGGGGUGUGCUACGGCAUGAGCGGCAGUGACCUACCGCCGGCGAGCACCGUCAUCAGCAUGUACAAAUCCAACGGCAUCAAGGCAAUUCGGAUAUAUGCGCCCGACAAGGCGGCGCUCCAGGCCUUGGCUGGCACCAACAUCCGUGUCCUCGUGGGCGCGCCCAACGAUGUGCUGUCCAACCUCACCGACGCGAAAGCCGCCGCCGCCUGGGUCCGCGAUAACAUCGAAGCCUACCCCUCGGUCUCGUUCGGCUACAUCGCCGUCGGCAACGAGGUGGCUGGCAAAGCGGCGGACCUUCUUGCUCCAGCCAUGGAGAAUGUCCAUUCUGCGCUCGACGCAGCUGGUCUUGGCCACAUCAAGGUCACCACGUCGGUGUCGCAGGCCAUAGUGGUGUUCAACAAGCCCUCCGGUGGCAAUUUCACCAAGGAGGCGCAGGGGUUCAUGGGCCCGGUCCUGAAGUUCCUGGCACGUACUGGCGCACCGCUCAUGGCCAACAUCUACCCGUACUUCACCUACGCCUACAACACGGCCGGCAUGGACGUCGACUACGCACUCUUCACAGCUCCAGGAACCGUGGUGAAGGACGGCAAGUACAAUUACCAGAACCUCUUUGAUGCAACCGUCGACGCCUUCUAUGAGGCGAUGGCGAAGCUCGGUGUGUCCGAUGUACCUGUCCUGGUGUCGGAGACCGGGUGGCCCUCCGGUGGUGGCAAGGCGGCGACACCGGAGAACGCAAAAAUCUACAACCAAAACCUGAUCGAGCACAUAAGAAAGGGCACGCCACGGCACCCGGAGCCAAUCAAGACGUAUGUCUUCUCCAUGUUCAAUGAGAACCAGAAGGACAAGGGCGUGGAGCAGAAUUGGGGUCUCUUCUACCCAAACAUGAAGCCCGUCUACGCAAUCAGCUUAAGCACGUCUGCUGCUCCUGCUCCUGCUCCAUCUCCUGAUUCUGUGGAAGAGUGA